GACAGCAUUGACAUGGCGAAGAGGAAGAGAAACAGUACAGCCGAGGGGGCUGGUAAAAAGAAAACACCCGACACAACGAUCACGUUCAUCUCCCGUAAACCAGAAUGGGCGUAUAUACAUCUCGAGCUGGUAACUCAACCUCCCAGCUCCAAUUCAGAACCCCUUGACCUCCUUACCGCUAAAACAUAUUUGACCUCCGCCUUAUCCCAGUUCCUUGGCCUCUCGGGUACCGCCAUACCCUUUGAUAUAUUAAAACUCCAGGCCGAAAGCCUACCCACGCGGAAUACCCUAUGGAUCAGAGUCCCUCACGGCGAUGCUGCAGCUCUAAUUGCAGCCGUGAGCUCGUGGGUGGGCGGUUCAAGCGGAGACGGAGGCUCAAGCGUGGCGUGGAAGAUUAGGGCAAAGGGAAGCUGGUUAGGUGCCUUGGUGGGAGGCACGGGAAGAGAGCUUUUUGCACAGUAA